AUGGCUUACAGCGAUGCCACAGAGAAUCCGGACGUGGCCAGGAACCCCUCGAAGGAUGUGUCGGUCUCUGGGAAGGUCGAUUUAAAAGAGGUGGACCAUUAUCUUGACGGCAAUGGACCAGAGCCGACUGAGCAUGAGCUUGACACCCUCGCUCGCGUUCCCGACAAAAUCCCGUGGAUCUGCUUCACCAUUGCGUUUGUUGAGUUGUGUGAGCGUUUCGCCUAUUAUGGAACGACAAUCGUCUUGACCAAUUUCGUCCAGCAACCACUGCCAGCCGGAUCUACUACUGGAAACGACCCUAGACCCAAUGGCCAGCCGGGAGCUCUCGGCCAGGGACAACGAGCUUCCCAAGGAAUGGUACUUUUCAAUAAAAUGUGGUCCUAUUUUGCGCCCCUCUUCGGUGGCUACCUCGCUGAUUCGAAAUGGGGAAAAAUGAGAACGAUUCAAUACUCUAUUGCUCUUGCCAUGUUUGGACAUGUCAUCCUUAUUAUUUCCGCUCUUCCUCCCGUGGUUAAGCAUCCUAACGGAGCGAUGGGAUGUCUGGCAAUUGGUCUUCUUAUCUUCGGCGCUGGUGUUGGUGGAUUUAAACCUAAUAUCUCCCCGCUUAUGGUCGAGCAACUGAAGUACUCCAAGAUGCGCGUCGUUGAACGGAAAGGCGUGAAGAUUAUUCUGGAUCCCGCUCUCACUACGCAGCGUAUUUUUAUGUAUUUCUAUCUCUGCAUUAACAUCGGCUCUAUCGUUGGCCAAGUCACCAUGGUCUACGCCGAACGCUACGUUGGUUUCUGGCUUUCCUUCACUCUCCCUACUGUGAUGUUCUGCAUCUGCCCCCUCGUCCUUGCAGUGUUUCACAGGAAAUACGUUCACUAUCCACCGACCGAAUCUGUCCUAGGAAACGCCGUCAAACUGAUCAAGUUUGCUUGCAAAGGGAAAGUUUCCUGGAAUCCCAGAAGAACUACCCGUAACCUGGGGUCCCCAACUUUUUGGAACGACGUGAAGCCUUCCAACGUCGCGAACAAGCCCAAGUGGAUGACUUUCGACGAUGCUUGGGUAGAUCAAGUUGCCAGAGGGACCAAAGCUUGUUUGGUGUUUGCCUAUUAUCCACUUUUCUGGCUGGCAUAUAAUCAAAUCGACGGGAAUCUUACUUCCCAGGCUGCAACAUUGGAGCUUCAUGGUGUCCCGAACGAUCUCAUCAACAACCUGAAUCCUCUAGGGAUUGUCAUCAUGAUCCCAAUAUUAGAUUUGCUAGUUUAUCCGUUUUUGCGUUUCAUUAAAAUUCGCUUCUCCCCACUUCGACGAAUGGCAGCCGGUUUCUUUGUUGCCACUUGUGCAAUGAUUUGGGCUGCUGUCGUCCAGCACUACAUCUAUACCAAAGGAGCUUGCGGGAAAUACAUGAACAAAUGUGAUACUCCUGCGCCAAUAAACGUCUGGGUCCAGGCUGGUGCUUAUGUUCUUGUGGGUCUUUCCGAGAUUAUGGCUUCAAUUACUGGCCUUGAAUAUGCGUAUACCAAAGCACCUGCCAACAUGAGAGGAUUGGUUUUCGGUUUCUACCAUUUCACCAGCGCCGUAUCCGCAGCCCUUGGUCAAGCCUUUGUCUCCGUUUCUGAGGAUCCUCUCCUUGUCUGGAACUACACUAUUGUUGCUAUUAUCGCCUUCUGCGGUGGUCUCGUAUUCUGGUUCACAUUCAGGAACCUCGACAAGAAGGAAGAACAAAUGAACUUGAUCCGGGAGUCUGAAUACCGCGGACGAGUAAAAGCGGCCGCCAAUGAGAAGGUCCUCGAUGACUAA